GGGACGCGACCAGGGCGUCGCCCCGGCUGACAGUGACCCGGCCCCCACUUGUCCGGACAGCAGCGCUGGCUCGGGGACGUAGGAUUCCCUUAUUAGGACAGGAUCUCCAUAAGUUGUUCCUAAAUUAUGAUCUCCUGCUUCAGCGUCUGAGUAGCUGAGGUUACAGGCAGGUGCCCGAGCACCCGACACAGGUGCUAAAUGUUGGAUGGAAAGCUGUUCCAUGGUGAGUGACGUGUGGCCAGGUGGCAGACACAUACACGGUGAAUGCUGGACUGAUGGGCGUGUCCCAGAGGUGCUGGUGCUGGGUUCCUUGUGGGUGUGACUGGAGGAUGGAUUUCGCACUGGACAGACCCGCAGAAGGCAGUGGGUGGAGCCCGCUUGGUGGAUGGUGGUUGGAAGGCUGUGGAGUGGGUCUCGGGGAUCAAGCUGGGUCGCUGAUGUGGGCAACGACAGAAGCAGAGGUCCAUGCUGCCAAGAAGGCUGAGCAGGCCUUGACGGUAGACAACGGGCUGCGGGUGAUGGGUGGCCAUGGGUGGUUGCGGGGAGCCUGGGUCUGAGCGGACACGGGCCUGGAGCUGCCUCCGAUUGGCAGGGUUGGCCUGGCAAUGAGGAGCCGGCACCCUGCCGGGUGGGCGAAGGGGUGCUGACUCAGAAUAAUGCUCUGGCGCACCUGGCCCUGCGCACCUGCGCGCAGGUGUGGGUAGCCACGGAGGCGGAGGUGCUCUUGGCGCUAUGGUCUUCUGUGAGUCCCUGGGCCCCAGCUCGCGCCCACGGCUGUCUGGAUCUCGAGACCUCCAGGUCCCUGUCCUGGCUGCCCGGGCCCUGGUGAAGUUCCAGCAGCGACCUGGAUGGGAUCUCAGGUGAGGGAGUCUGCGGUGGGUGGGCCUGGGCCUCCCUCCCCAGGUCUAGUUCAGCCUGGAGUAGCAGCCCCUCGGACACCCACCAGCUCCUCCCGCACUGCUGCCCUCUCCUGUGUCCUGCUGCUGUCCACAGGGGUGUCAGCCUGCCAGACCCAGCCCCUGGCUGCAGUGCAGGGAACUGAGGUUGGCCUGUGACUUCUGGCAGGCCUCUUCCCAAACCUUGCUUUGGUGGCCUUGGCCAUGGCCCCCGUGGGGUGGGUGAAUGUGGCAGGCGGGACAUCAGUGUUCCUCAGAGGAGGGCCCUGAGGACGUGGCACCCUGUGUGCAGUGAGAGUCUCUGUCUCUGACUCUCUGUCUCUGUCCCUGUCUGUCUCUAUCUCUCCCUCUGUCUCCCCUCCCUCUCACCCUCAUUUUUUUCUCCCCUUCCCCCUCCCUCUCUGAGGAACUGGGCACCUUGGACUCUGGCUGAUGUUCCUGCAGGGGCUACUCUCAGCCUCCUGGCUCCAAACCCCUGUAAGGCCUGGGUGCUUUGUCCCUCCCCUCGCCACUCCCUGCCCAGGACCAUGCUCCUUCCUGCUCCCCACCAGGGCCCCAGGCCUCCCAGGCCUUCCUCCCAGGAAGUCUCCCCUCCUCUAGCCCAUGCCCUGCAGCCCUGGGCACUGAGGGGCAGUGUCCAGUGCCCCCUGUAGUGGGGCUCAGCAGAUCUAGGCAGGGCCAUGUGUGGGUGUGGGCUCCAGGAGGAGAGAUCGGUGGCAGUAGUCCCUCACUCAGCCUGUUUCAGUGCAGCUGUGGCAGCAUGAGCACCUCCCAGUCCACUGUGUCAAAGGAAGGCCUGGCCAAGGGCAGGGGAGGCCCCACAGGGAAGGCUGCAGUGGGCACCUGGGAGAAGGGCCCUUGGCUGGGCCCUCAGCUGCCUUCCAUCAUGGUGGAGCCCAUCGAGGUGGCUGCUGUGGAAAGCGGGAGCUGUGCUGACCCCUGAGGGCACCCAGAGGAGGGAAUGCUGAAGGACAGGAAGCUGGUUAUUGUCUGGGGAUCCCCCUCCUGACCUGAGCUGGGCCCGAGGACACUGUGGUCUGUACACGUGAGCUCAGCCCAGAGUAUAGGCCCGGGACUGGAGAGGACCCAGCACCCCACUAGCCCCAGAGUAGAUAGGCCCUCUCCCCAACCCAGAUGCCAGGGCAGUGGGGGAGAGGCCAGAAGGCCCUGGGAGUGCUGCAGUUUUAAACCCUGGGCCAAGCUGUGAGGGAGGACAGGGUGGGAGCAGACACCUCUCAGGAAGUGUUGCCCACUCGUGGGUGGGGAGUGCAGGAGCCUGAGAGCAGAAUGUGGGGUGUUGAGACAGAUGUCUACCCCCAAACACGGCACAGCUGUACUGGGGCAGAAUGCCAGGUUACUGGAGACCCGGCUGGGAUGGGCUCAACACAACACCCUUGGUAGGCUUGCUGUCUGCCAGGGGACCCGCGUGGAGAAGACCUCCCCUCGAACCUGGAACCCUGAGGAUCUGAGCAAGCAGGGCAGGAGCGGCUGGAGGCGGGGCCAGUAACGUCCCGCCCCUCGACCGGCAUCCUGAGCCCCGGAAUCGGCCAACGGCUCCCCCUGGCGGGUGAGAGGGAAACCUGCUACAGAAAGAGGGAAAUCGCGCCCCAGACGCUCCAGUGGAAUGCCCCUAGGAAGUCUGGGGCUGCUCUGACUUGCCUCUUGGAUCUGAUCUGCUGCCCACAUUCCCCGUCCAUCACUCAGGCUUGGCCCUCUGUGGUCACAGUCACUCCUGAGUCACCGUGUGUCCCCUCUUCUGGCCCAGCUGUGCCCUGGCCAUCAUGGGUCCACCUUCACCAGGGCCUGCGUCUCAGCAGGUGCUGGGGCUUUGGGGUGAGCCUGGAGGACAGGCCUCCUGUUGUUGAGAUGCUGUCCCCACGGAAGUUGACCCCUGGAACAGAGCUGCAAAGCCCCCAGGAGCCUGGGGGUCCAGCGACACCAGCUUGGGGCACCCGACGGUCGAACAGCAGGGUGGAGACCAAGGCGCACCAUGUGGACUCCACAAAGCCAGGCCUGGGCACAUUUCGGCGGGCCUUGUCCUGGGCAAGCCCUCGGGGUGCCACCCAGCUGCCCAAGGAGGACCCAGGCCGGCCCCAGCGAAGCUCCCGGGGCUCCCUGCUCCAGUCCUUCCGGCGAGCUGUGGGUCAGGGUCCAGCUGCUGGCCAGUCCCAGGUUGCUGCUGUGCUAGAGGAGCCCUCUGUGGUCAGGAGUGGUGCCAGCCAGCAGGCAACAUCUUGGCUGGGCCCUGAGGAAAUGGAGCCUGAGGCAGAAGGCAAAUCCGUGGCCGACCUCAUCACCGAGCGGCAACUGGUGGCGGCAUUCGAGCAGCUGCGACACCUGGAGAUGCGGCUGGCCUCAGAGAAGGCAUCUCACACCUUUGCGCAGGACCCCACAGCCUACGCGCGGCGCGCCAUGGACGUGUGCCUGCACUACGAUGGGCUGGCCGCCGAGAUGAGCGCCAUCGUGCGCGAGACAGCCGCCGCCGGCCUCCCCGCGUGGGAGACCUACCUGCACGCCUUCCACAGCGCAGUGGCCCAGCGCCUGCAGGAGCUUGCGCCCGAUGCCCGCGGCUGUGAGCAGCUCUACCUCCUGCUGGAUUGGGCCGCCAACAUCUACGGCAGUCCUGACUUUCUGGACACCCCGGACCUGGCGCUGCCCAAGGAGCCGCUGCCCCCGCUCCUGGCGCCCGAUGUGUGGGCGCAGCUGGAAAGUGACUACACCCGCUUCCUAGAGAGCAAGAUCGAGAGCUGCUUCGACCGCAUCCUGCAAGGUGUUUCUCCUCCAGACCCUAUGCCUGUACCUGUGGGAGAGUGGAGCAGGGGCAGAAAUGACAGGGGCCCCAGCCAUGGCCCAAGGGAAGAGAUGCAGGCUCUGCGGAGAUGGGCAUGCUGCACCAAGAGAUGGAGGGUUUGUCCUGGAGCUGCCAGGGGGAAACUGCCACACAGCAGGGCUGCCACCACCCUGCUGACCUACCCUUCUAUGACUCCCAGAACUUUGGUGUUGUUCUCUCACAUGACUGUUCUCGCGGGCACCACACUGUGCAGCUCCAGGGACUGCCCUUCACAUUAUAGUCUAAAUGAGUGGAGCAGGUGUAGUGUCCAGCCUUUGGGGCUGUGUGCUGUGCCUUGCUCCCCAGCUUGCUCUCUUAUGCUCUGGCCCUUCACCAGGACCAGUCUUCUGGACAGGUUCCCAGGAACCCUGGAGGAGUUGGAGAAGCCCCUGGUGGUGGCUAUCCACAGCUUCCAGAAGCACUUGCUCCAAGGCUUGCAGAGUGAUGUGCAGCCGCUCUUCAGGAUUGUAUGCGCCAAGAGCUGGCUGACGCAGGACACACUGAGUCCCCUCAUGGACAGAGUGAAGGCCUUUGCAUGCCACCUCACACACAUGGCCCCUCCGAUGGCACAGGAUGUGCUGCAGGAGGCGCACCGGCUUGUGGUCCGUGAGUACCUAGCACAGGUUCUGAGGCCACACAAGCGCUUCCGGGGUGAGGAUCGAGUGCGUGGCUCCCAGAAGAUGAGCGAGGAUGCCCAGGCCAUUAGCGAAACCUUCCAGCACUUGGGCUCUGAAGCCACAUGGCUGAACCAGGCCAUCCCAUGUGUAGCUGAGAUCCUGGGCGAGAGAUACAAAGAUGACAUCCAGCGGCACCUGGAGACACUCAUCCAGAGCUUCCCAGACAUCAGACGCGACCAUGUGCUGGCCAUCCUGGCGCUGCGCAGACUGGGCCACCGUCGGAACCAGCGCCUGCUGCAGCACUCACAGGACCUGCUGAGGGCCGGGUCUAGGGCCAGGGGUGCAGGGCCUGCCCAUCAGCGUGUGCUCUUUGAGGAGAUCCCUGUGUCCGUCUCUGUGGAUGUGCUGAUCACCUGCAUCUAGUGCUCCAGACAGAGGGCUGCG